AUGAAGAUACUAUAUGUUUUGUGUAUUCCCGUUAUGGCAUCGGCAAUAAUGUAUCCGCAGCGGAUACUGAAAACAGCACAAUAUGAAAGCCACAACAAAGUUACCAGUUUAGAAAUGAAGGGAAAUCUGAAAAAGUAUUUUGCCCUGGAGGCAGCACUUAUGGAUCCAAAUGCAAACAUGGUUUGUUCGCCAAUAUCAGCUUUGUUUCCACUGGGAAAGUUAGCAUUAGGAGCUGAAAAGGAAACUGCCAAAGAACUAUUGAAUGCUAUAGGUGUGACAAGUAAAAUUAAACUUCAAAGAAACCUACGAAAACUCAUCAAAUCCCUUCGUAAUGUGUCCGGUGUAAGAUUGGAUAUAGCAAGCAGUCUGUACGUCUCCAAAAAUACUCGAAUCUCUUCAAAUUUCGUAUCAGAUUCCGAGUAUAUCUUCAAGUCGGGCGUCCAAAAGGUUUCUUUUGACUACCCGGAACAGACUGCUGAUGAAAUCAAUAAAUGGAUUUCGAAUACGACACAUGGAAUCAUAGGAUCAUUAAUAUCACCUGCCGACAUAACUCCGACAGCUUCUAUGAUCCUAGUCAACGCAAUUUAUUUUUCUGGUAAGUGGGAAAAUCCUUUUGAAACGACCAUGGAUGGCGUGUUCUUUUCCCCGAGUGGGCAUCGCAAGGUUAAGAUGAUCAAGCAAUACAAUAUGUACAAUUAUGUUAAGAGUAACGUAUUAAAAUCCCAGAUAAUUGAGCUACCUUACGAAGGAAGGAACGCUUCGUUCGUCAUAAUCCUACCACACGAUAAACAGGGUCUGCCAUUGCUACUAAAAGAACUGAAACUAGCUCCAGAACUGCUCGAUACCGAGAUGAGUAAAAUGAAAGCUACGAACGCUAUAUUAGUUAUGCCAAAAUUCAAAAUGCAAAGUGAAAUCGAUUUAAAAACUUUGUAUACCAAGAUAGGAGUAACUUCGAUUUUCGACAGUGAAAAUUCAGGUCUAACAAAAAUAGCUAAAGGUGAAAAUUUAAUUGUCAGUAAAGCAAUACAAAAGGCCGUCAUUGACCUAAACGAGAUGGGAACGGAGGCUAGUGCAGCUUCAGCACUGGUAAUAACAAAGCUGUCGCUCGUAGAACGAUUACACGUGGAAGUGAACUGCCCGUUUUUGUUCCUUGUUAAAGUUAAUAAGAAUGCACUUUUUGCUGGCGUUUUAAAUGACCCCGAACAAUAAUAAAUAAAUAAAUAAAUGAUACGCCAAUGAGGCAAACAUCUAAUUGUAUCUGAUUUUCAAUAAAUUUCUAUUGACGUAUGCACUGUU